AUGAAGGUUAGUCUCAAAUCAACUCAAGAAAUUGAUGACGCAAUAAAUAAGUUAACAAGGAUAAUUCAAUCUGCAGCCUGGGAGGCUACACCUCCUCAAACGCAGUUUUUAAAUAAUUCCUUUUCAAUUCCAGAACAUAUCCGCAUCCUUAUAGCUAAUAAACGUAGAGCUAGGGCCCUGUAUCAACGCUCUCGCCUUCCAUCACAUAAACAAAACUUUAUUAGUCUGGCUAACUCUUUAAAAAAAAUAAUAGCUAAACACAAAAAUCAUAUUCAAGUCAAUUACCUUACUAAUUUGUCACCAAAUAAAAGUCUCUGGGAUGCUACUAAAAAGUCUCCAAAAAACGCAGCACUAAACACCCC